AAGUUAUUGGCAGUGUAUAGCUACUGUUGCUAUGGGGACAGUACACCAAAAAUAUGGAAAUAAAGUUUUACCCAAAACGUUAAUAUGGAGCCUUCAUAUCAGCACUUAAUCCUCCGCAUAUGUUGUCUGCGUUGUACUGAACUCGUAAGGAGAUUGUAAUUUUUUAUGUCCCGAUUCUUGACUUUGUAGGUUACCAAAGAAAAGAAAGUGUAAGGUACAGUACCAAGGGGAUCAUCCCUAUUCACCCGUGAGUGGUAGUAAGGGCAGUAAUACUUUUGUAUUUUAAGUGAAUCGACAACAAGAAGCUCGGAACAAAUGUUUUUUAGGAAUAUGCAAAAGAACAUCAUCUUGCUGCGUUAAUCAGGCAUCUUUUGCGGAUUACUGAGACAGUGAAACUAUGGAUGCAGAAAAACUGAUUAUGGAUAGUCUGUACAAACAGUCAGAGGUGUUAAAUCUCAGUCAUCGCCAGCUCUUUGUGCCACCACCUUCUCUCUCUCAUCUGACAAAUUUAAAGCGUCUGUUUCUAAACAACAAUCGCCUUCUGUUACCACCUCAAGAGAUUCUGCAUUUGCAGAGGCUGGAGUUGCUGGUCCUGGAUGAUAACCAGUUGACUGUGCUACCCAGUGGGAUUGGUGCACUUCACCACCUCAACUCUCUCAGUGUGAGCCACAAUCCCCUCUCUGUCCUUCCUGUGGAGAUUGGAGACCUAACUGAGCUCAGGGAGCUGUGGGCAGUUGGCUGCAGCCUCAUCUCCCUGCCUGCCAGUGUUGGGAAACUGAAAAAACUUCAGAAAAUAGGGUUACACAACAACCACCUCUCCACUCUCCCUCCCGAAUUCGUGCAUCUUACAGACCUUCAGUGGUUAAACCUGGCCUGCAACGAAUUGUGUGACCUUCCAGAAGGGUUUGGCAAGCUACAGGCCUUGGUUUUCCUGAACUUGGAAGGCAACAAAUUUGAACAUGUGCCAGAAACGUUGUCAGACAUGGUCAGUCUUCUUGCACUUUGUAUGAAGUCCAACUGCAUUACAUCAUUGCCAGAUGACAGAAUCCUUGGAUUUACAAGACUGACUAAACUAGACCUGCGAGAAAACCCACUAACAUUACGACCUGCUCAUUGGAAGGGACUGGAUUUCAUUUUACUGGGAUGUGUAAAAAAAACAGAAGCAGAAGAUACCAUGGAAGCUAACCCAGCAGAAAUAACCCUAUAAUGUGAAGAAUCAGACAACUGGAGUGUCGAGAUCUCAAAACUCACGAUUCAAUGUGUGAUUUCCCCGAACUUUCAUGGAAAACCCUAAAGUGUAGUCUCAAAAUCUGUAAAAUUAACAAUCUUUCCCCUGGCUUGUAAAACAUCAGUCUUCUUGUAUUAGUGUAAUGGUUUACACUACAUCUUAAUAAUUUCACAUUUUUCUGUAUAUCAUGACUUACUUUGAAACUGUACUUUGAU